AUGGCCCCCUACAUUAAAACCGCCCAAACAGCUUGGCCAGCCAAUACGCCAGAAUCUAUCAAAGACUUUGUGGAAGUCUUCUUCCAGCUUCUUGAUGGUGGUACAUCCGAGGCCGCCAAACAAUGGAGCGAGCUGUGGGUUCCAGAUGGGGGAGAGUUCCAUGCAUUCGGCCAAAUUUUCAAAGGCCGUGACGAAAUCGAGGGCUAUCUGUUCCGCUCUCAGAAAAUUUUCGCCGGGCUCAACCACAUCCCCAAGAAAGUCUAUAUCCACGGCCAGGAUGGGAUGGAUCUGACUGUUAUCACCACUUAUGAGAUUACGUUUCCGAAUGGGAAAUAUGUCUCAGGAGAGUCGGCGGCGAUGCUAGAAUUUGCGAAGCAGGAUUCGCAGAUGUUCGUCCGCAUGAACAGGCUAAUCAUUGUGAGUGUUAAGGACGACCAGAGUCACUAUUUCUUGUACUAA